UUGGAAUUCUCGGUUGCGAUUUCGACGGAUUUCCCUUGUUUUGAGUGAGCUCGUCGCUCAGUGUGUCGAAUUAUGAUUGUUGUGGAUUUUUUCUCAACAAUUUGAGCUAAAAGUAGGUAAACAAUGGGACUAAAGAAGUUAAACUCAGUGAAGCAGCUGUCGUUGUAUUUCGCAUUAGUCUGUUCGUUGUUAUCAAUAUUUCCAACAAGUUGUCUGAACUAUGAACUAAAUCGUUACAGAAUACUAAAAGACUCAUCACAUAAUUCAACAGACUUGAACUCGACAAACAAUAACAGGGAUGUUGCAAACCAUGCUUUUAGCGAAUCCUUAAAUACGACACACAGUAAAUUAUUGGGAAAAUACGAUGACUCUAAGAGUAGAAGUUUUGAAAAGGGUUCCUUUUACUUAGCUUCCAACAAGAAGGUUAGAGAAAAUAAUACUUCAGCUCAUUUGUUUGUAAAAAAUAAAACUCUACCCGGAGAUGCUAUCAGUAGAACACUGAACUUCAAAAUGACAAGUAAAGCAUGCCACAAUUGCACAAAAGCAAUUAAUCAUCUGGAUAUUGGUUCUGAAAAGCAUGACAGUUACAGUCACAGGCAAUCUAGUCUUGAAAAUUCUUUACCGGAUACUUCGUCUAAAAAUGAAACAGUCAAUAAUGUCACGGGAGGAAUUACAGGUACAGAACGUAGUUCACUGCCAUCGAACAGUUUUGAAAAUGGCGACGAGAAUGAACGCGACGAGGACUUAGAUUUUCAAGCAAGUUCGUUAGUUCUGCGUUCUGCGUCAUUGCCAGAGCCUGCAGAAAUUGCUCACAAAUCGGAAGACAAUAGUAGCGAAGUUAAUGACAGAAUCAGUAAAAAAGAACUAAAAGAAAGUGGCGUUGUUUCAAGGUCUAGGGUUCCACGUCUGCCUUUGCUACCAGUUACGAAUAACAGUGGUUCCUUCAGUACCGCGAAAAAAAGCAAUAUUUCAAGAGAAGAACUGAAGCAACUUAUUUCAAAGAUGCGAGCGUCACGAGCUGGCCUGAUCUUCAGUGACGGCGAUUCCGACAACUGCCAAUUGGACAGCGACACUCCUGGUAUCUGCCUGCCACUUUCCCACUGCCAAUCUGCCAUCGACGGUCUGCGCAGCCGGAAGUCGCAGCCUUCGAUCUGCAGAUGGGAGGAAGACAUGCCGGUCGUCUGCUGCCCGGAAGUCGCGACCGCUUCGAAUUCCAGGAUGGAAGACGAGCAGGAAUGGAAUCCCAGGAAAAUAGAUGACGCUGAGUGUGGUACUCGUCCAAUCUAUGGCCUGAACAAUGUUGCCCCUUCUGUGCCUCGAGUGAGACCAGUGUCCCGAAUGGCACCAGUGCCCCGGGUGGUACCGAAUUUCGAUAAAUCUCCAAACAAGUCGAGAAAUGGCUAUGUUGCUGGUGGUGUCGAAUCCGAAUUUGGAGCUUGGCCAUGGAUGGCUGGCAUUUACACGAGGAACUUCGGCAUUGAGAACUUUGUAUGCGGAGCCGCUAUCAUUGACGAAUUGCAUUUACUCACUGCUGCUCACUGCUUUCAAUUCAGAGGCGGAGGAAGAGUCCAGGUUUCUCGCUACGCAAUCCGUGUCGGCAGCAUCAAGGUCCGGGAAGGGACGUUGCAUUUAAUUGAUAACAUCAUCAUCCACCCUGAUUACAAUGCUAGACAGCAUUACCACGACAUCGCCAUUAUCCGGCUGAAAGAGGCUCUCCACUACUCCGGCAGCGUCCGUCCCAUUUGUCUGCCAGCCGGACCGAAGAAGCUCAAGGGCAAGGACGUCACUGUGACCGGAUGGGGAGACCAAGAUUACGGAGGAAAGAGGGGCAGCAUUUUGAGGGAAGUGACUGUGCCUGUCGUCGACGUACCCACCUGUGACAAAGCAUACGCCUCAGUAGGUGGUUCCUCCCUUCCUAGAGGCAUCACCAGUCAAUUCAUUUGCGCGGGGGUGGACGAAGGCGGGAAGGAUGCGUGCCAGCGUGAUUCUGGUGGGCCCCUAAUGCUACUAGAGAAUGGAGUGUGGACUGUAGUGGGAAUAGUCUCCUUCGGAUUCCAAUGUGCCACUGAAGGAUACCCUGGUGUAUACACAAGGGUCAGCAGCUACCUGAACUGGAUCAGAAACGUUGUGGCAGCAGCUCAAGCAUCCUAGCACCAUUCUUAGCGAUCCGGACGUUGAAGUCUGCCUGGGUUACUGGAGUAGUGAAAAGAACGAGGCCGAACCUCAAAACUGACUUCUAAUAGAGACAGCACAGGGUUGCAUCGCAGCUGCUGACAUGAAACAGGUUUUUGUUUGCUUGGCAUAUGGAACAUUCCACCAAAUUUCAAUAGAUCUGGAAUGCCAUUUAUCGGGCACAAAAAUAUUUUGCAUAACUCGUGUUGACAUAAAUAAACCAGCAAUAAUCAAGAAUCACCAAUAAAUUAUCGUGCCAAGGGGAAUACGACUUGUCACGUGACAAUGGAGAAAGCGACAGGUCUUCGCGGAGCUUUUCACGCGAUUCCAAAAGAGCUCUUUCUGCUGGAAUACUUUGAGGUUUGGACGAGAGAUUGAAACCGUAUCAGUACAGUCACUGGCCAAUGAAUUAGAAACCUUUGAGAUUUGCAUUUGAAAUUUGUGCACUGUGCAAGGAUCUGAAGGAAGUAUCAUGAUAUGGAGUAUGUUCUUCUGGCAUGAAAGUGGUGCCUUGGUGUUCCUCGAAGGUAAACAAAGAGACAUGCGAUACCUAGAUAGACUGCAGAUCAAGUGCGCCUUGCAAUGUUGCAUUUUUAUAUCGAUGGCGACGGAUACUUCAUGGACGGUAAUGCAGCUAUGCAUCGUGCCAGAAGUGUUGAAUAUUAGUUCUAUGAGCAUCAUUCUGACUUCCAACACCUUCCCUGACCACCGCAAAGCCCAGAUUUUAACCCCAUGGAAAAUGUGUGGGAUAGGGUGGAAAGACGCAUCAGACAACACUCUCCUCUCCAUCUAGUUGACAGGACCUAAAAAGCUGCAUAGCCAAUGCAUUGUGUUCUCCGGAUAUAAAUGCACUCCAGAAGCUUGUUGACUCAAUGCCCAAACGAAUCAGAACAGUUAUCCAUGAAAAAGGUGGUUCAAUAAAAUAUUGAUCUUGGUUUUCCAAUUCAUUGGCCAUUGAGUGUAGAAUUAACUAGAUUCACAACGAGAAACCAAUUCCAUGGACAACCGAGACUAACUAGUAAACUGGCAAGCGUCCAAAAAACACAUGCGAGCAAAGAAUUUUUGCCAUAGCCUACGAGGAUACGAACAGCGUUGCACCCUCUGGAUAUCAAGUGAUGUAUCUUCGUAGGCUACGCUGUUACCCGUUUUCUUUGAAGUUCGCGUGUUCAAUGACUACCAGUGGUUGACCGCUAUCGUACUCGUGUAUUUUGCUACAAGAGAUUUAUAAUUGAAAGCUACUCAAUUCGUCAAGUCAACCCGUGAGUUCGGUUUCAUCACUUUUCGGCGUUUAGUGUAAAAACUACUUGAUAUUAGGUACUAAAUUAUUUAUGCUAGUAUAAAUAAUUUGGUGGUGGCUUUGAGGGCAAAGGUCAAUAAUUGAGAAAACGAUUUUUGCUAUUUUUUUUGCCUUGUUUGUGCCCGUUUCAUCUAGUUGUACAUGUCAUAUGGAAUGUUGCUAAAAACAUUUAUUUUUGAACUUCAUCUUCCCAGCUGUGUCAAAUAUGUGUUUUAAUUUCCUCUUAAAUACUGUACUCUGGGAUAAAUAGAAACAGCCAGUUCCUCCAACGAAAUUUUUCAUGAUAUUUAUUACUGUUUUUGUAAGAUUAAAUGUUGCUGUAAUUUACACUUUUGGGUACCUUUUUAAAUAAAUUCAG